AUGGUGCAGGACCCCAAGAACUGUGUGGAGAACCUUUGUGGUGAGGGUGGAGACAGCAGGUCGUGGCUGUGUAACCCCCAGGACUGUAGUGGAGUCCUCAGAGCAGAACUGCAGCUGGAGCGAGCCUCAUGCUUUGGAUACAUCGAUGUGGGUAAGGCUCAUCAAGAUUGACAACAAAGUCUAUGUAUUAUCUAAAAUCCAGAGUAAACCUACAAUGGGACACUUAUCGUUUUGUUUUGAUGUUCCAUACAAUUGAAUGACCAUUUCCCACCUUGCUGUGUAAUUUGUAGGUAACUGUGGAUCUGCGUUCGUUCAGAUCGAUGUCGGCCGCUCCUCUUGGCCCCAUGACCAGCCUUAUAUCACCCUGUUGCCAACAGCAACCCUGAUGAGUCCAGCAGAAUCGCGACAGGGCACGGGGCGGACAGGAGUGAGAAUGUUCAAGAAAGGUGCGAACAGAUAGGGCUGAGAUCCAUCCAGUAUAUGACAAUAGUAGGAACAUUUUUUCAUGCAAUAUAGAGGAAGGGAAUGAGAAUCAGUGUCCAAAGAUGCUUCUUUAGUAACCCUCCAAAACAAUUGACACCCAUGUCUGUCCGUCGGCCCCCCCCCCCCCCCCACCCAGGUGAUUUCCUGUCAGAAGGUUUUGAGGACAGCUGGGACCGGGUGAGAGUGACCUGCACUCAGCCUUUUAACAAGCAGUCUCAGUUUGGCCUGUCCUUCCUGCGCAUCCGCAGCCCCCUGGAGGAGAGCGAGGAGGGCUCCACACAGACUGGCAAAGAGAACCAGGAUCAGGUGUGUAUAGACUGAGGGCUUGGAAGUGAACUCUUCAGAGAGAACGGUACAGUAAAUCGCAGAGAACACCUCUGGGCCCGGUUUCCCAAUAGCGAUAGAACUUAGGCUUACGAGUGUUUUAACGAUGCAUCUUUCCUACAACGGCCGAAGAUGUAACAUGCGUUUCCCAAAACACCACGCAGAGAGAACGGUCACUAAUUGCGUCGUUGGAGCAUGUGUCAAUACUGAUAGGAUCGAAAGAAAGGGAGCGCUGCUCUCGGGAGAGCUUUCUCCAUUCAAAUCUUACCUUAACAUUAUAAUUAUUUCACAAUACUGACGACGGAACAGCUACUAGAAAGAUAUUACCACCUACGGCUGCAAAUAUUGAGGUGGCUUAUUCUAAUGCUUACCCAAUAAAAAUGCACUAAAACACCAAUUUGGCACAUCAUUGCGCACAUGUUAGACUACACAUCAUGAAAUAUAUUGAGACUUACAGACAGUAGCCUACAAGUAGCAGAAUAUAAAUAAAAUGAUUGAACAUGAGCCUAUAGCUUACUGUUUAUAUUUUCAUUUGAAGUAUAUUUUUAUACAUCGCUUGUUUGUAUCAAUUGCAAAGACAUUGGCAACUUUGUAUUGUAGUCAACUUUUUUCUGAAGUUAUCAGUGGUCACAGAGAGAAAGAUAAACCAUGAGAUUCUAUGUUUAGCGGAGAUCUUCUGUGUAUAAAGGGAUACGGGAGGGCAAAAAAGCAUCUAACAAUGCACUUAGCCGUUCUACAGGUGGUCUGAGGCAGGCGUUAGAUUACAACCAUUUUCAAGUUCAACGUCUGUGCCCUUGAGCAAGGCACUUAACCUCCUGUAAGUCGCUCUGGAUAAGAGCGUCUGCUAAAUGACAAAACCAUUUUUUUUUUAAAGGACAGCAGAGUCCCUGCCCAUCUUCCGAGAAAGUUUGAACCCUACCUCUUCAAAGAGUAUGCUAAAUAAGACAUCUGUCUUAUUCCCCCCACCCAAAAAAAGUUUUUUGUUCUCGUUUUUUUCAAGAAAUCAUAGAAUAGUUUGACAACCCCGUUUGUAAGGUUUCAAAUGAUAUCAAACCCAACCGUUUAUAUUUUUCAGUGAUAAAGACAUGGACGUCUCAUGGUAGGGUGGGGUAUGCAAAAUAAGUAAACUUUGAGCACCUCCGUCUCCUGAAUGUUUUGGCAUUCAGAUCCAAAAAGUCCCUUUCUGACCACUUCCACCAUGGGCAAACAUGUAUGAACGGUUUCGUUCAAAUCAAAAGGGGUGCGGUCAGAAAGUGAUUGAAAUCAUAUGGAACGACCCUAUGGUGAUCGAUUUGGACUGUUAUGAGAUAGGAGUAAGUGUGUUUUUGAGGGUAAAUGUGUGUAUGCUUUGGGAAUAUACAAUAGAUAUGUAUUAUUGGUAAACAUCAGAGGCCAGAAGUGUGUGCUUGUAUUCUCACUCUCCUUUGACCUUCUCUCUAUUCAGACAACCCCAGACAAAUCAGCAUCAGGCGUGAGAGAAUGGCUCUCCAGCCCUGCUGUGCAGAGAACCUUCUUUGGGGGAACGAAAGGGUAAAUAGAGGGAUUUUGAGUUUUGUAUGAGGCACUGUCAAACAAAUUAGACAACAUUUUUAUGAAGACCAUAUUGAAUGAAUAUAUACUUUUACAGAAAAUGACUUACACCUUGGUUUGUCUCCCCCUGCUGUCAGGGAGGGUGUGGUUCUGAGCCGGACAGCUCGUAUGGUCCUCACAGCGUCCCAGGCUGCCAGGCGCUCCCUUCCCCUUCCUUCCACUUCCUUGUCUCCCAGUCGCACAUCAUCCUCCGGCUCUCAGAAUACAACUACCCCUCCCACAGUCAAUGCAGAUGCAGCUACCCCUACCCCCAACCAGGGCAAGCCAGGGGCUCAUCCAGCUACCCCCAACAAAGGCAAGCCACUUGGAAAUACGGGAAAUAUACACCCUCACACAGGUAAACACCUCAGCUCUCAGAAAUACCAUGCAUCAAGCUUGGUAAAUUUUGUUGCCAACACUAAGCUUGACAAAUGAUAAGUUGUGUUAUGUUGUUCAGCUUCAAUGGCUUGUUUAAGCACAGCUCGCAGCUCCAAGGAAAAUACUUCUCAAAGACAGCUGAAGAGAAAACCAAACUCCAAAAGCAGGUAUUCCUCUAUACUCCACCCCAUGGAUCAUUUUGGGAGGGUAAGCUUAUCCUAGAUCUGCACUUAGGGGCAACUUCUAGCUCACAUGCAUCUCUCAGCAUUAAUCUCUGUCCUUUAUCUCCCUCCCAGGCAGAACCAGCUGAAUGGCACCACCUCUAGUAAGCAGGGAAAACCUGCAGUCAGUAUGAGGCCUAUAGCUAUGCUACAGCACACUGCCACAGCCCCUCAUCCUCACCCAUCUCCAGAGCCUCAGGACACUAGUGACCUUGAGACCACAUGCCCAAUAUGUGGAGGUGUGUUUACGUUGGCUUCUUCUAAUCAGUCUGUGCAUGUACUGUAUUGUAUGACAUACUAUAUGUUGAUUCACUUUUACAAUCAACAGUAGUAUUGACACCCGUCGUCUGUUCUCUCUCUUUCUCUAUGCUGCAGUGUUCUUUACUGCAGAGUACCUGCCACUCCACGCCGCCUCCUGCCAGCGGGCGGAGACCAGGAAGCUCCCUGGGGGGAUUGUGACCCCUGUUCCCUGCCCCUUCCCUGGCCCUCCCGCCAGCCCAGAGGAGUCCAUGGUGCCCUGCCCUCUCUGCUCCUUCAGGUUCCCUCUGUCCCACAUCCAGAUGCACGCCAGUACCUGUGGAGACCCCGUGGACCCCCAUGUUAUCUGGGUGGACUAGGAAAUACUGCAUUGUAUAGGAACACGUUUCUGCUUUUAAUCAACGGGCAGUGCAGCAAACGUGGACAAUCUAUUGUUUUUAAUAUACUGUAUGUGUAUUUGUAUUUUACUGACUUGUUCUGUAGCUAUAUGCCUGAAGAAUAAUGAAAAUAAUCUCUCUGCCUACCUCUAUUCCCCACUCUGCUCUGAGUGAUUGGUUCUCUCCUGAGCUCAUUGAAGGCUCAGUUUAUUCUUGCACUGUUUACACAUGCUAUUGAUUACCUAUUAUAUAUUGUAUAGAUUAAACAGCAUCAAUCAUAGACUGUGUUCAGUACAUCUAUUUUCGGGAAGUUAUCAGUCAUAAUUGAAAUGAUCAAUUACAUUUACAGUUGAUUUAUUUUGUCUUGUUUUUUUCACCACUGAAAUUGUUCCACAGGGAACAUUAAUGACUGCUGCUACCUGUUAACAGCUGUCUCACCUGCAGUGUUUCCACUGGGGAGCAUUUCCAGUGAUAAUGUUAAUAGAGGCUUGGUAAGGAAGGCAAGGGCCACUCCCUGGUUUGGGCCACGCCAGGCAUGAAACACUGAAAUAGUUGCUUUGUAAUUAGUCCUGUCCCAGGGGAGUAGAGAUGUGUUAUUUGGUUUGUGGGGAGUCAUUCUAACUAAGCUAACCUGUGUAGUCAGCCGAGAUCACAUUACCACAGUGAGCCGUUCUCGACACACUGAGCCCAAGACAGCAGUCAGCGGACCUCACUGCCGUUCUCCUACCCUCCUCUUAGUCUCAAGAAUAACCAGGGUGCUUGGAUUUCCACCAAUAAUGUGAGGUUAUCUUCACACUAGGGACAACAAUUACUCACUUUCACUGAAGAAACAAUGGAAAACCUCAAGGUUAGUGUAUUUGAAACAAACUUUGCAAAGCAAAGAAAGAUGUGAAACAAUAGAUUGAAAUGUGU